AUGAUCGACCCUUUCCCUCCUCCACCGCCGUGGCUCGUUGACCUGGUCAAGCCCUACAGCGACGCGCUCUAUCUCCCGACCUUCCCAUACCAUGUCCACGAGGUCAUUUUCGCCUUCGCCUUCUAUCAAAUAACACAGUCCAUCCUGUCACCUGUUUUGUCGGCAUUCCUCUUUCCCGAGAUCUAUCCCAAACUCACGCGGCGGACGCGCAUCAACUGGGAUGUGCAUGUGGUGUCUCUUGUGCAGUCGUGCUUGAUCAACGGCCUAGCCCUGUGGGUGAUGUUCAGAGAUGAAGAGCGAUAUGACAUGCAAAACAGCGCAAUCGAGCGGAUUUAUGGCUACACAGGAGCUUCGGGGCUGAUCCAGGGCUUUGCCACGGGCUAUUUUGUUUGGGACCUCGUCGUGAGCACUCGGUAUCUCAGGAUCUUCGGUCCUGGCAUCUGGGCACAUGCAGUGACGGCCCUCGCAGUAUUCUCACUGGGCUUCAGACCCUUUUGCAAUUAUUACGGCCCAGUCUUUAUCCUCUACGAACUAUCCUCCCCCUUCCUGAACAUUCACUGGUUCUGCGAUAAACUCAACAAGACCGGAUCCAAACUCCAGUGGUAUAAUGGCAUGUUGCUUCUGUCGUCAUUCUUCGGCUGCCGACUCCUCUGGGGCACCUACCAGUCUCUCCGAGUCUAUCAAGAUGUCUGGCACACUAUGCAUUUAAACGGCACAAGUCCAGUGCUCCGAGAAAUACGCAGCUCGCCACACUCGUCCAUUUUCGUGCCAAGAGAUGGCCAACUGUGUCUAGGUGACAAUAGCUGCAUUGUCGCACAAUCAGAGGUUAUGAAGUUCACCGGUUCUCAUACUGAAGCCAUUCCUUUCUGGCUGGCUGGUGUCUACCUGACUUGUAAUCUGGUUCUGAACUCUCUCAACUUUUACUGGUUUGCCAAGAUGAUCGAAACUGUGCGCAAAAGGUUCCAAGGCAAGCCACACGAUGAGUUUCACCGUGAGCGAGACAGGAAGAACAGCAGGGUAGAAGAAGCAGCGACGGAGCUUGAUCAUGCGAUUAUUUCAGGGUCGAAGACGCCACUGGAAGAGAAGGAUGAUGCGGUUGCACGGAGUACAGGAGUGCCAGACGGUUCAGCGCAGGUGAAGAAGCGCUAG